GUGUGUGUAGGAAUACCGUGGGCUGACUGUGGAGCGUUGAGGACUGUUCCCCAAUGGAAUGCAGAAAAGACAGCGCAACUGCCGCAGUGAAUGAAGUUGGUUGGUUUGUUGAUCCACUCAUUAACGCGUGAUACUAACAGUAUACUUAACCAAAAGAGAUAGCGAAAUGCAUCAGAAGCAUCAAUGCAUCUUAUUUAUUUGAACAUCCGCGAAGUGCGUUCUCAUCGGCGGGGGCGAUUUAAGCACAAAAAGGCGCACGCUCACAAUUCACCUUAUUGUUUUGAUUUGUUGAGCAGUUUUCCAAGCGUCUUCUUGAUCGCUAGUGUUCGUCAGCAGUCCUGAUCGGCGCGGGAUGGUGGAGACGCUGAGCAUCGCCGUCAUCGGAGCGCCUGGAGUCGGGAAAACUUCUAUCAUCCGUCAGUUUAUUUACAGUGACUUCUCCGAGACGUACACCCCCACCCAAACGCGAUACGUGUACAGACCCUCGGUCAUUCUUAACGGUGUUAUGUACGACCUGAAGAUUUUGGAUGUCCCGCCAAUUUCCUCCUUUCCUUCAAGCCCAAGUCAGGAGUGGCUGGAUGCGCGGUGUAGAGGGGUCCGCAGCGCAAACGCCUACAUUCUGGUCUAUGACAUCUGCUGUGUGGAGAGCUUUGAGUAUGUCAAGAUGAUCCGACAGCAAAUUGUGGAUAACAGAGUGGGCAGCAGUAGUGAGGUGCCCAUCCUGGUGGUGGGCAGUAAGCGGGACCUUCAGCGGCAUCGGUUCACCCAGCGCAGGGCCGUGUCUGUCCUGGUGAAGAAAACCUGGAAGUGCGGCUAUGUUGAGUGCUCUGCUAAGUAUAACUGGCAUGUGCUUCUGCUCUUCAAAGAGCUCCUGGGAAUAGCCGUGGCACGAGGACUGCGUCCGAACCACACCUCUAUCCGACUCCAAGGGGCAUUGCAGAGGAACCGCUGUAAUGUCAUGUGACAGAUAUGUAGCUUUUUUGAAUUUAUGCUUAUUUAGGACCAGUUUGUUUUAU